AUGCAUCUGUUGAGCUCUGGUCCAUUCUUCCCUCUUCCGCGUCCUCAACCCAAGACAACCCCUGAUUUCAUCAAGGCCGGAUUGGCUAGAUGUGAGGAAGUUCGAACCAUGCCUCCUGAUACCUCGAACUUUGCCAAAGACCGGACGAUGUCUGAUCGUUUCGAGGUCGGGACGAAAUCGGUCUUGCUCAGCAAUGGAACCCUGUGGACCGGCGCUCAGAACGGCGAAGAGGUCAUCUACGGAGGUUCUGUUCUCUUGAAGAAUGGGGUAAUCUUCAAGAUAGGGAAACAUAGCGAUGUCAUGGCAGAUGUGCAAGCCCUCCUUGAAAAAGAAGAGGUGGAAACCAUCGAUCUUGAAGGGAAAUGGGUCACUCCUGGAAUCGUCGAUACUCACUCCCAUGCCAUGGUCGAUGCAGCCCCUAGUCUCGCUUCUUCGGAAGACACCAACUCUCUUCGGGCCAACAUCCAGCCUUGGCUAGCCUCUUGGAACGGGUUCAACAUCCACGGCCUCGAGUUGCCCUUGAUCCGAGCUGGCGGUAUCUCUACCAUGUUGAUCCUGCCUGGCAGUGCGAACAACAUGGGUGGUCAGGCCUUCGUCGCCAAGUCUAGGAUCACUAGCGAGGAUACCCCCAGCAGCAUGAUCGUCGAAUCGCCAUUUGCCAUCGUGCAGGAUGGCAACUCGACGACCUACAAACGUACAGGUCACUAUCGUCAUAUGAAGAGUGCGAUGGGAGAAAACAUCCUUCGAGUCCACGGUAUGAAUCGUUUGGACCAGGCUGCUGAGUUCAGGAUGGCCUAUCUCGAGGGCCAAAGAUUGAAGGAAUCGCAGGACAAGUGGUGCGCUGCAGGCAAAGAGAAUACGGAGCCCUUCCCUGAAGACUACAAGUACGAAGUCUUGGCCGACGUUUUGAGGGGGAAGACGCUUGUCAACACCCAUUCGUACACUUCGGCCGACUUUGACGCUUUCGCUCGUCUGACCAACGAGUUCAAAUUCACCCCUGCUGCCAUGCAUCACGCUCACGAGUCCUACUUGUCCAACGGCUCAUUGAGCAAAGUGUACGGGGGCAAGCCCGCUCUAGCGUUAUUCAUCAACAACGCAAACUAUAAGCAGGAAUCCUACCUCGGUUCCCCUUAUGCGCCAUACAUCCUCGUCCAAAAUGGCUACGAAGUCAUGUUCAAGAGCGAUCACCCCGUCCUUGAUUCCCGAUACCUUCCGUACGAAGCCCAGCAGUCCGUAGCGUUCGGCCUGAACGCCUCGACCGCUCUCAAGGCGAUCACCGUCACGCCUGCCAACCGUCUAGGCCUCGGGCACCGGAUCGGUCAUCUACUCAAGGGUUACGAUGCCGACGUUGUCGUUUGGGACUCGAACCCUCUCGCUCUCGGUGCCACACCUGUCCAGACUUACAUCGAUGGGAUUGCUCAGAUUGAGACCUCGUUCACGAUCGUCAAGCCCGAGCACGCUCAGAAGAUGCCCAAGACUCGAGAUGUCAGCAAAGAAGCGGCCGAGACAAUGAAGUACCGUGGAGAUCCUCCUUUGGGAGCCAAGCAUAGCGCCAAGAACAUCGUUUUCCAAGGCGUCUCUGCAGUCUACCUCAAGCGAGGCGGAGAAUCGGUCCAGGAGAUCCGGUUGAUCCCCGAGAAUGAUGCUGUUCAGUUGGCAGCCUCUCGCGUGAUCGUGGAGGGUGGAGAGAUCACUUGUGCCGGUACCGAUUGCGUGACUCCCCUGUCGGGGGACUACGAGUCUGUCAAUCUGGACGGCGGUGUGAUCACCACCGGCUUGACCGCUUACGGAUCUUACAUGGGAUUAAUGGAGAUUCGACAAGAGAGAGUCACGACCGAUGGCAAGAUCCCGGACACCUUGUCCGAGGGAUCUAGCCUUCUCGAUGGCAUGGUUACUUUCGGCAAGGAUGGAGCCCUGUUCGGAGGUAAAGACCAGAAAAUCGCCUUUGCCAACGGAGUUACCAAGGGGGUCGUCCACCCGAUCGAAUCCGGCGUCUUCCAAGGCGUCUCGUAUUCCUAUGCGACGAACGGCAAGACCAGUCUAGAUGGUCUGGUUGACGAAGUAGCUGCCGUACACGUCGGGCUGGGUCAGAGCUCCAAAAUCUCGACCGCGACCCAUAUCGGAGUAUUGCGGGCAUUGCUCUCGGGCGAAUACCCUGAAAAAACCGAAUUGACGCGAUUGUUCAAAAAGGUCGCCAAGGGAGACUUGGUUCUCGUCGUCGAAGUCGACAAGGCGGACAUUAUGGCGAACCUCGUCAGGUUGAAGAGCGAGUUUUCGGGUUUGAGGAUGACCUUUGUUGGCGCUCACGAGGCAUGGCUUAUCGCGGACGAAAUUGCCAAAGCCGAGAUCGGAGUGAUCGUCUCGCCCGCCCGGUCCUACCCCGGAUCCUGGGAUUCUCGACGUAUCCUCCCGGGACUUCCGCUGAGCGCCGAAUCCCUCCCUGUUUAUCUGCACAAACGGGGAAUUGUCGUCGGGCUUGGUAUCACCGAAGAGUGGAUGGCGCGCAACGUUCGUCUCGAUGCCGCUUGGACUUACAUCAACGCCAACAUCUCGUUGUCCAAGGCGCAAGCGAUAGACAUGGUUUCCACCAACCUGGACAGAUUGUUGGGACUGAAGGGCAGCAAGGAGAACGCCGGUUGGGUUGCGUGGGAGGGCGAAUUUUUCGGCAUGUCCGGCGCUGUGAAAGCGGUCCGAGGCGAGGGCCAGGAGACUGUCGCUUUGUUCUGA